AUGCAGACCUCCAUCGCCACCGAGAGCAUCAAGCGCAAGCAAGCCGACAGGGAGAUCCACUGGAGGGCCAUCAAGGACUCCGACAGGGAGCUCUACCGAGAGGCGGCGGCCAAGCAGUGGAGCGAGUGGCAGAAGUACGGAUCCUGUCAGGUGCUCACCAUCGAGGAGUCCGAGGCGGUCAGGGGCAGGGUCAAGGCCAACCUCGUCUUGCCCAGCCGGUUUGUGUACCGGGAUAAGAAAGCGCCGCGUCGGACUGACAAGCACCCGCUGCCGGUCAAGGCCAAGGCCCGACUCUGCGUCGGGGGUAACAUGGACCCGCGUCUCGCUCAGGGCGACCUGUGCACGGACGCGCCUACGGUCGCCCGCAACUCGACUAUGCUGUUCUUCACCGUCUGCCAGAGGUUCGACCUGGAGAUUUACGCAGCGGACGUGGAGGCGGCUUUCAUGCAAGGCGACGAGCAGCCCGACCAGCAGUUGUACAUGGCUCAGCCCCGCGAGGGCUUCCCUGGGUUGCACCCGAAGCAGUUGAGCAAGAUCCUCAAGGGAGUCUUCGGGCUAGCCACCGCACCGCGACAGUCGAGGGCUAAGCUCAAUCGGGCCUUGCUUACGGUGGAGGAGAAGCUGGGUGACUACGUGUUCCGACUUCGCCAGCAUUCGCUGGAUCCAGCGCUGUACUACGGCUGCGACAAGCAUGGGGAGCUGUGCGCGGUGGUGGUCGCCCGCGUGGACGACCUGCUGCUGGGCGUCUCGCCCAAGUGCCCGACCCUGUACGACCGGCUCGACAAGCUCCUGCCGUGGGGCGACUGGAGGGAGUACGCGAACACGAUCGAGGAGAUCGCGCUUAGCAAGGAGCGCAAGACUGAGCUAUCGGCGGAGGCGACGCCAGCCGAGUUUUCGGACAACCGCUCCGCCCUCGGAGCGCUUGGAUGGCUCUCAUCGCAGACUUGA